CCGCCCGUGGAGCCUUCCAGAAGUCGCCGACAGAUCCGUGCGGCUUGUUACGCUGCAACACUCCUGAUCAACAUCAUUAAACCUCACUUUUCUAAGUAUUGACCGCCUAUCGCGGCACUUAAAUCCUCUUAACAUGUCCUCCUUGGGCACAUUGGCAUUUGAUGAAUAUGGCAGGCCCUUCAUCAUCAUUAAAGACCAGGACAGGAAGACUCGGCUAACAGGCAUUGACGCAUUGAAGUCUCACAUCAUGGCAGCCAAAGCAGUCGCUUCAACGCUGAAAACAUCUUUGGGACCUAAUGGUCUGGACAAAAUGAUGGUUGACAAGGAUGGAGAGGUGACUGUCACUAAUGAUGGAGCCACUAUUCUCAGCAUGAUGGAUGUUGACCACCAGAUUGCCAAGCUUAUGGUGGAGCUGUCCAAGUCCCAAGAUGAUGAGAUUGGUGAUGGAACCACUGGAGUUGUUGUGCUGGCUGGGGCUCUGCUAGAGCAGGCCGAGCAGCUGCUGGACAGAGGAAUCCACCCCAUCAGGAUCUCCGAUGGCUAUGACCAAGCUGCACGCAUAGCUAUAGAGACGCUGGACAAAAUGGCAGAAAGUUUUCCCUGCGACCCCAACAACACUGAGCCUCUCAUCCAGACUGCCAUGACAACGCUGGGAUCAAAAGUAAUUAACCGUUGCCACAGACAGAUGGCAGAGAUCGCAGUGAAUGCCAUCCUUACUGUGGCUGACAUGGAAAGAAAGGAUGUAGACUUUGAGCUCAUCAAGGUGGAGGGGAAAGUAGGAGGAAAGCUGGAGGACACUCAGCUCUUCAAGGGUGUUAUAGUUGACAAGGAGUUCAGCCACCCUCAGAUGCCCAAGGCUCUAAAAGAUGUUAAAAUUGCUAUUCUAACCUGCCCGUUUGAGCCGCCAAAGCCCAAGACCAAGCAUAAGUUGGAUGUGACGUCAGUUGAGGAUUACCAAGCCCUCCUGAAAUAUGAAAAAGAAAAGUUUGAGGAGAUGAUCCAACAGGUUAAAAGCACUGGUGCUAAUUUGGCCAUCUGUCAGUGGGGCUUUGAUGAUGAGGCGAACCACCUUCUGCUACAAAAUGGGCUGCCUGCUGUGCGUUGGGUCGGUGGCCCGGAGAUUGAAUUGAUAGCGAUCGCCACUGGGGGGCGGAUCGUGCCCAGGUUCAGUGAGCUGACACCAGAGAAGCUCGGCUCUGCCGGCCUGGUGAAGGAGAUCUCCUUUGGCACAACCAAGGACCAUAUGCUGGUGAUCACAGAAUGCAAAAACACCAGGGCUGUAACCAUUUUCAUCCGUGGUGGCAACAAAAUGAUCAUCGAAGAGGCGAAGCGUGCGCUCCAUGAUGCUCUGUGUGUGAUUCGCAAUUUGGUCAGAGACAACCGUGUUGUGUAUGGAGGCGGAGCAUCAGAGAUUGCAUGUGCCCUCGCUGUUAACCAGGCGGCAGAUAAGUGUCCAUCAUUGGAACAGUAUGCCAUGAGGUCGUUUGCUGAUGCUCUUGAGGUCAUCCCAAUGGCAUUGGCUGAAAACAGCGGGCUGAACCCCAUCCAGACUAUGACUGAGGUCAGAGCCAGACAAGUCAAGGACAACAACCCUUUCCUUGGCAUCGACUGUUUGCACAAAAAUACCAACGACAUGAAGCAGCAACAUGUGAUUGAGACCCUGAUUGGCAAGAAGCAGCAGAUCCUUUUGGCUGCCCAGGUGGUUAAGAUGAUCCUAAAGAUAGAUGACAUCCGAAACCAAGGAGAGAGUGAAGAUUGAAUCUCCCCAACUGAAGGAAAGCAGCUCGAGUGUGCUCUGCAGGGGUUAAAUGUGUGAGAGGUCUUUGGCACUUCCUCAAGCUCCAUGUCCACAUCGCAUGGCGUAUUGCUAUUUAUCAUUUGAUACAAAAUGUCCAAGCUUUAUUCGUUAUAAAGUCACCAAUAAAAAAAAGUUUGUCUGCUGAAAUUUC